GGAGAAAGGAAGCCUCAGGGAAAAAGGGAGCCCCAAUUUUUCAACUAGACUAUCUUUCCCGAAAUGCAUCGCAAAGCCUCCAGCCGGCAGGGGCCGCCAAUGCCGCGCAAAGCUUCCUGGGACAUGUAGUUUAUUUACUCUCCCAGCCCUUCUACUGUUUCCAGGCGUUUGCUUUUUCUUUUUCUCCAACGCCUGGGUAGGAGUGCGAGUUUCGGGGACGGAGAGGAGGCGGAAGCGGAGUCACCGGCCCGUCUCCAUGGUCCAUGCGUUCUUGAUCCACACCGUUCAUUGCCGUCCUGGAGAUGAGGCAGGGCCCUGCCGAGUUCUGUAUUCAAGGGUCUUCAGUCCUGAAGGGCUGGACAAGGGCGGGUGCCGGGAUGUUGAGAAGGAGCGGUUGUGCAGAAGGGAGCAGAUUCUGGCCGUGGCAAGGCAAGCAGAGUCGGCGUGCAAGUUAUCUCAACAGGCCUCUGGGAAGCCGGCCUCCGACCACCCCCUCCCGCUGCCAGAUGACUCCGUUUCCCUGCAGGAUGCUCCCUGGGGGGUCUUCCGCCUCCUGCGGGGGGACCCCUUCUGCGAGGACAAGACCGUCCUCUGGCUGGGCGUCCACUCCCUGGGCUUUGCUCUGGUCUGCGACCCACACGAGAACCUGAUGGUGGCCGAGAGCGCCCUGCGGCUGGUGGUGAAGUUGCUGCUGGAGCACCUCAAGCUGUUGAGUUCGGGGAGCGACGUGGUGCUGAAGGCCGACAAGACCGAGGUCAUCCUCGGCAGGUUGCUGCCCCACGGCCAGCUGCUUUUCCUGAACGACCAGUUUGCGCGGGGUCUGGAGAGGGAGGUGGCCGCUGCUCUGGGCAAAUAGGAGGGCUGGAAUCGAUUGGGCCAAAAAAAGGGUCUCUCUCCUUGUGUGACCCGUGAAUAAAAUGCCGUCUGCUGCCGGAGGGUGUAGCGACAGGCAUGGGUGGCUUCAAAAGGGGGUUAGACGGGUUCAUGGAGGCCGCGUCCGUGAGCAGCUGCUAGCCAGGGUGACUAAGUGGAACUUCCACGUUCAGAGGCAGUACACCUCUGAAUCUCAGCGCCAGAGAGGAUGCUUUGGUAGAGAUGCACGGCACCUCCUUCCCCUACCCAAAUAUUGAUCUGCUUCUGCGUGUGCCCUGCCCUGCCGGUAAAAUAUUGCUUCUA